GUCCGGAACAACACCCCAAGCAAGCACACCACGAUCCACUCAACAGCUCAAGGUCUACUAUCUCGAUCGAUGGCGCUUCCGGCGGCCAGCGGAGCCCCACAGGCGCCGCUGCCAGUGGUGGGGCAUCAGUUCUGCGCUCCGUACGUCGUGCCGCUCACGGUGACCAAGAAAGCCCUCAGCCUCUCCGACGGCGACUUCGCAAUCACCGACGCCAACGGCGCCGUCGUGCUCAAGGUCAAGGGAACCAUCUUCAGCAUGCGGCACCGCCGCGUCCUCCUCGACGCCGCCGGCCAGCCCCUCCUGUCUAUGCAAGAGAAGGUAUUCAGUAUGCACCACAGAUGGGAAGUGUUCAGAGGGGACAGCUCAAACGCAAGCGAUCUGCUCUUCAGCGUGAAGAAAUCUUCGAUGAUCCAACUCAAGACGGAGAUGGAUGUCUUCUUGGCUGGAAACACCGCACAUCAGGUCUGCGAUUUCAAGAUCAGCGGCAACUACUUCGACAGGUCCUGCGCCUUCUACCUUGGCGACUCCACCACAAUGGUAGCUCAAAUGAACCGUAAGUUCACUGUUUCGAAUGUGCUGCUCGACAGGGACACGUUUAUGGUUACGGUGUUUCCGCAUGUCGACUACGUGUUCAUCGCGGCUCUUGUUGUGAUCCUGGACGAGGUUCACAGGGAGAAAUUCGAUGAAUGAUUGAGAUUCCCCUCGAGUCCCAAGCUUCCUUUGAGUUCUGCUACUGUCGUGUCAUCUCAAGUUGCUAUUGUACGUACCUGAUCGAGGGUUGCAUGUAUUGUACUGUUCUCCGUAUUAGCCAGCUCGGUGAACCGUCGAACCGUGUUGAAUCGCGAUGGUCGAUCUGCAAUAAUAAUGUUUAUGCACUUCCCUGUUUA